AUCGUCGUCGCAAAAGCUCGCCAUUCGAUCACAACACCAAUUAAAUUUCUGCAUUUAUUGGGAGUACAGCUGAUCAUGGGCAGGGUCUCGAACCUAAACUCCAUUCAGACAUAAAAUUUGAUAUUGUUUGUGCCUAAGUCUGACCCAUAAUCAGCUCUAAUUUGGAGCUACACAACCUUUUGUGGGAUGAAUUGUGGCUGUGAUUGAGCGACGCCCAAGCAUUACGUAAAACUACAAGGAGACUACAAGCUUUCUUCUGUGCUGCCGAGGAUUCUUUGGUCUAUCUGCCAAACAAAAAGCCAAACCUGUGCAUGGUUUCCUGCUCCAAUUACCUCCUCCUGUGGGCGGCCUGGAAAUUGUCGCCUUGAUGCGACACCCAGAUGGCAGUCCAAAAAGAAUAAUAUUAUUGUGGGGCGACUCACACCGAAGGAACCUUAAACAAAUGCAUCCAGACACAAUACGCAAGCAUAGAGCAUCCAUCCAAAUACUGGUUUUGUCCCACCGUCACGAGAUAAGCUUUUCAUAAGCCUUGCUCGCCACCUCUCAAACUCUCUUGCAGCUUGGGAGCCACCGCGCAUCAUGCCAUGGCAUCUCCACCUCCUCCCUCUCAUCAAACCAGAGGCAACUCUUCAGAAGACUACUACUACCUUGCCGUGGCCGUCGCUGCAGUCACAGUCUUGCUCUUGAUAUCGAACAUGAUCGCGGUCGGUUACUGUUGCUGCUCGCCAUGCAGCAUCGUUGAGGCAAUUCGGAGAUUUCUCCGGUCAUGGGGGCUCUUGGCCGGCGAGAACAAUGACGAGAGGAUCGCAGAGCUAAUUCCUGUGUGCAAGUAUCGGAAGGAGCAGGCUCAGGAGCAUGAGUGUGUGGUGUGCUUAUCGGUCAUCGCCGAUGGAGAAGAUGUCCGGCAGCUGCCCAAGUGCAAGCAUUCAUUCCACGCUCCUUGCAUCGAUAUGUGGCUCUACUCUCAUUCCAAUUGCCCCCUUUGCCGUGCUGAUGUUCUCGGACGGCCGCCGCAUCAUCGGUCCGAGACUGCCGCCGCCGGUGGGGAGAUUUCCCUACAGCGGCAUCCAAUUGAACCCAGGGGCACGGGCAGUUUGAUUCUUGCUCUUGUGUAAAUAAUCUUGUUUCUAAUUGUUGGUGUCUUACAUGUACAUAGAGAACGAGAUUCAUGAACUGGAGAUGAGGAAGUCUUCAGGUAAAUAUUCCGUUUUUUUUUUCCGA